AUGAGCAUGUCGCCUUAUACUCUGUUGCUGACCUUCGGGUCACUCGCUGCCGCCGCGUUUGUGAAAGAUCCUGAAAUCGUCAACCCCCGCGGCCAGAAAGAAUCAUCAUGGUCACCAGCUCGUGAGACCAGCGUCGCCGAGGUGGAAGCAAGAGCUGCUGAACAAUGGUCGCCCCGCCCAACUGACGGGCCUGGCCUGGAUGCAGUAGAGCUGUUCCCUCGUCUUGACGGCUAUACUCUUCCCAAAGGCACCUGCGGAUUUGUUUCCUCGAAUGAAGUUGCGUACGGUUGUAUCAACACCGCCGCUACUUGCACUUACUCCGAUGACUACAUUGGCUGCUGUGUGCCAAACCAAGAUUGCUCGCGGGUUCAGACGACUUGCAUCAACAGCGCUCAAGCUGCUACAGGCGCCUGCAAUCUACCCAAGGACUUUCACACCCUUUGCUGCACUGCGGCAACUCUCGGACAAUGUUGGACAUGGAUGUUCUCAACCACAUCUGGUGAUAAUACGAUGAGCUACUCAUUCCUUGAUUGUUCAACAAGGCAGGGCACCGGCACUCUCUUGGCCUACGACCCUACUUGGUCAAGGACGCAUAUUCCUUCUACCUCUACCUCCUCCUCCUCCUCCUCCUCGGCAUCAAGCAGCUCCACCAGGACUUCAUCAGCAGCAUCUACGAGCACCUCCUCCAGCUCUGGAGGCGGUGGUGGCAGCUCGACCAAUGUUGGAGCCAUUGCUGGUGGAACGGUCGGUGGUGUCGCCGCUCUCGCCCUUGUUGGUGUUGCUGCAUUCCUCCUCAUUCGUCGACGCAAGAAGAAUGGCGAGGGCUCCCCAGAAAAGAGUUCUCCUCCCGCACCAUCCACCGCCCAUCCUUCGACCACGAUGAGCCCUCCGCCGCCCACGAUUACCCCAUCCAGCCCUGGAAACACAACAAUUUACCCCUCAGGAGUCCCAACCAACUUUACUGGUUACUCGCCUUCACCAGGCUACGAGCAGAUGAGCCCCCAAAGCACAGCGGCCUAUCCGAUGUACCCCAACCAGCAGCCAUACGCUCCUCCUCAAUUUGCUCCUGGCCAGCAGCCCCAGCAGCCAUAUUACCCCCAGGGCCCUUAUGGAUACCAGCCUCAGAACAGUCCCAGCCCCGGUGUGCCGUCCCCCAGUGCUCCUUCGCCUGGUGUUCCCUCGCCCGGUGCCGUAGGCAUUGGCGCUGUAGGCGCACCUCCUGUUCCUCCCCCGCAGCAUCAGCAGCAUGCUACUGAGCUGCCAACCAUCAACCCCAUCGGUAAUGAGACGAACCGCGCUGAGCUGCAAUAG